CCGCUCUCCGCGCAUGCCCCGUGAGGGCCCCGCAAUGGCGGCGCCCGGGGAGCAGCUUAGGAGGCGGAAGGCUGCGGACGCUGGCCAGGUGCCUGCGACUCCGCCGGGGCCAGGGCACGACCCCGCGGGCUGCCCGGCCGGCCUGCGCGCGGGCACCUUCUGGCUGACCAGGAUCGUGCUCCUGAGGGCCCUCGCCUUCGUUUACUUUGUGGCAUUCUUGGUGGCUUUUCAUCAGAACAAGCAGCUGAUCGGGGACAGAGGACUCCUGCCCUGCAGGGUGUACCUGAAGAGUGUGCAGCAGCACUUCCAGGGGCAGGUUGGCUGGGACGCCGUGAGCUAUGCCCCCACAAUCCUCUGGCUGCUGGACUGGUCACACAUGGACUCCAACCUGGAUGCCCUCGCACUGCUCGGGUUGGGCAUCUCAUCUUUCAUCCUGAUUACCGGCUGUGCCAAUAUGGUUCUCAUGACUGCGCUCUGGGUCCUCUACAUGUCCCUGGUCAAUGUGGGACAGAUCUGGUAUUCAUUUGGUAAGUGAAAAUCAUUUAGAAAAAACUCUGCGAGAGUUAACAUUUUGUAUUGGGGUAUGUAUCCUCCUGCCUUUUUUUCUGGCUUUCUCAUUGCUUAAGCAUCUGUCAUUAGCCUCAGGUUUCACCAUGUUGUUCUGAUACCAUGUUUGUUAUCUAACCUGGACUCCUGCCCGCAGCCAGCCUCCUGCCCAGAGUGGUGGACUAACACCGAGGAGGGACUCAUGCAUUUUCAGGCUCAUGCAUAUGGAACCGUCUCUGUGUUACUGGGUAGAGUAGUCCCACAAUAGUGACAACAAGUAGUGGUCCCAUCGAAUGUUAUGGAUCCAUACCCAACCCUGGAUGAAUGAAAAGGCCUAUGACAUGUGUGUUCCCCUCUCCAGGCCCCACUGAGUCCCCAGUGGACACAAGCCCAUGGACACCCUACCCAGAGGAGGGGGAGGACUUCAGGUUCCCCCAGCUGUAGUCUAUGGGAAACGCUGCACCCAGAGUGAGCGUGCAGAGUCAGUAAGGUUUUUGUUCAGAGAUGAAUGGGCAGUGGGACCACGGCCGCUGUCUGGGACAAGCAGAAGACAGCCCCUAAGUGAACAGGACUGGACAGGGCCAGCCAUGGCAUAGGUUACAUUUGGGUCUCACCAGCUUACAUGCCAUUACAACAAAGACAUCAGUGCUCUCCGGCAUAACAGAACGCAGAUAGCCCUCAGCUUGACAUCCUCAUGUUCAGGACACAGUCCCCAACCACACAAGAAAGAGAGGACCGGGACAUCAGGCCCAUUCUGGGGAGAAUAGGCAGUCGACAGAGGCCAACCCCAAGAUGACUAGAUGCUGGGUUUUCAGACAGGGUCUGAGCAGCUGCCAACACUGUGUACCGAGGUGAGGGAAACCAGGCUCCUGAAGAAAAAAAAAACAUGCCCUCACAGCAGAAAAUCUAGAAAAGAACCGAGUGGAAAUUUCAGAACUGAAAAAUACAGUAUCUGAAAUAAGGAGUUCCCUCGGUGGGCUGGAUAGUAGGGUGGAGGUGACAGGAAUGAAAGAUCAGUAGACAUCACCCAGGCUGAGACCAGAGCCCCAGGAGGGGACAGAGAAUGGCUGAACAGUUUCCCAAUGUGGUGGGACUCAUAGGUGUACAGAUGCAGGAAGAUUGGUGAACCCCAAACAGCAUAAAUAAAAGAAAGCUGCCUGCCACAUCAUCUGAAAUCAAUAUCAAAAACCAAAGGGGAAGGGAGAAUCUUGAAAGCAGCCAGAGAAGCUUACCAUUGCCCUUGAAAUGGUUGGACCCUGGCACGCAGGAACAGUGGUGCUGAAAGAUGGACACGGUCCGCCAGGAUCCUGUACCCAGACUCUGCCCUCCAGGGACGGAGGUGAAAUAAGGAGAAAUGAGUGAAUUCACUGCUGGCAGAUGAGCACUACAGGAUGGGUCAUCAGGCAGGAAGACAUAACAAACCUCAAAGUACAUGAGAUUUAAAAAAAGUGACAACUAGCCCUGGCCCGUGGCUCAGUUGGUUGAAGCUUCGUCUGUACAGCAAAAGGUGUGGGUUCAAUUCCCAGUUGGGGUGCAUAUGGGAGGCAAUUGAUCCAUGUUUCUCACAUCGAUGUUUCUCUUUCCCUUUCUCUUAAGUCAAUAAACAUAUCCUUGGAUGAGGAUUUUUUAAAAGGUGAUAACUAAAGGGAGACAGAGAAGGAAUUUCAGUACCCCCUUUUCCUCAGUUGACAGAACAACUAGAUGGAAAAUUGGUAAAAGGAUGGACCCACUGAACAGCACUGCCUGGCACCCGGCUCUAAUGGGUGUUUCUGAGAAGACACGUUCUGUUCAUGUGCACAUGGUUUGUCCACCGGGAACACCAGCCAUAGGCGAGGCUGAACACAGGAUUACAUUGAAAAUGGGUUAAAUCAUUGAGAUUCUGCAUUCCUGAGAGACUCUCCCAUCCUAACAGUGAGCUGGGUAUUCUGCAUAAGCCAACUUUUUGUACUCAACAAAGUAGCUCAAUGGAUCAAAAUUCCUACCUCCCCUGACUGAGGAGGGAUGGACCUGUGACUGGCCUCACCUUCAGCAAAGUGAAAGAGGGAGAGGUUAAGGAGAAAGCCACCAACACACUGUUGAAUUCUUAGGGAAACAGUUGUCACCAGACAUGGAGUUCUUGCUGACUGAGCGUCAUGGUCUGUAAGGCUUGUGAGAAAGAUUGGGGCAGGUGGGGUGACCACCUUGGGUUUCCUUGGUGGUGUCAUGCAGGAGAUGACUGGCCACUGACAUACCCACCUGGCCCGGACUCUCCUUUUAUAGGAAGCAGAAGCCUCGAACCACUCAGAAGGGGACAUCAACCCUAUGCACCGAGGUCCCUGAGAGAAGGGGAUCUGUGAGAGGGGCACUGUGUCUGAUACAGAGCAUGCUCUGCUACUGCUGGGGGCUGUUGGUGAGUGGAGUAGGGGGAGAAUCGAGAGGAAUUCUGAGAAGGCCCCACCCCAAAACUGCAAAUGAGACUGGACCAGGAGCUGAGAGUCCCUCUCCCACCAUCUGCCCAGCACCCAAGGAGAGGCAGAAGCUUGGGUGAGGCUGAUCCGGCAGAUGCACUGGAGCUGCUGCAAGUGAGGAACCCCAAGGCCCAUGCUGAGCACAGCAGGUGACUGAAGCCUUCCCUAGGAAGUUGCAGCCUGUGGUCACUGAGGAUCAUGAGGAAACAACAAACUCAAAACCAGCUAAUUUCCUGGCUAGAUUGUCCCCUCCCCCUCCCCAAAAGCCUCACUGUACUUGCUCAUUUUGGGAUAAGUAUGUUCACCUCAGGAGCUACUAUGUUUCUACACACACUGUUUGACAUAAUUAAAAAAAUCACUAGACAAACACGGAAAAAUAAAAAUGGGUUCACUAACUGGGGGUUGUUGAGGGAUGCAGCAAUCAGUAGAGAUGACUCAGAUGUUGGGGCUGUCAGAUAGGGACCCUAACUGACAGUUGUGAACAUGUCAGAGGUUCUAAUGGAAAAGGUGAACAACCUACAAGAACAGAUGAGCAGUUUCAGCAAACAGGGAAACUACAAAUGAGCCAGAUGGAAAUGUGAGAAAUAAACAAUAGUUUUAGAUCUGGGCUUCCUUUCAUGGUUUGCAACAGAGCAGGACAGCUGAGGGGGGAAAAUCAGCAAACUUAAAGAUAUUAAAAGUAAAACACAAGUGGGGGAAAAAAGAACAGAACAGAGCACCUGAGGGCUGAUGGGCUAUAUCAAACAGCUUAACAAAAAGGUAACUAAAGAGAGAAAGGGUAGAAAAAUAUUUGAAGAAAUAAGGGCCAGGAAUUUUCCAAAAUGAAUGAGAGACAAAAUGCCACAGAUUCAAGAAUUUUGGAAGUCACUAAGAAAACCACACUCACCACACACAUUCCUAGAUAUGUUAUAGUCAAACUGUCAAAAAUCAAUGAGAAAGAAAAUCUUAAAUGAAGACAGAGGUGGGAAAGACCGGUAUAGAGGGACAAAGAUAAUAAUUACAGCACACUAGUUAGAAACUGUGCCAGCCAGAGGACAAGGGAAUGACAUCAUAAAGUGCCAGCAAGGAGGGAAACCCGACUGUCAACCCAGAAUUCCAUACCCAGCAAAACUAUCCUCAACAAUGAAGACAAAAAUGAAGUAUUUUUCAGAGGAUCUGCACAUCAAAAAUGUUAGUGGAAUUUCUUCAGGCAAAGCAUUGGAAUUUGUUAAAAUGAGAGUAAAUUUUUUAAAAUCCUGAUUUUUAAUUGCCUUAAAGGUAGGUAACAAAACAAAAAUUUAAGUUUAAAAUUUAGAGCAAAACAAUCAGACUCUCACAAGCCAGUGUCACUCACCAACUUCUUAACCCUCCAAAUAGCGCCGUCCAGUGAUAUGGUGUGUCGGAGCUGCCAGGACCUUGUGGUCUGAGGUGUUGACACUCUUUCCCUUUUCUCAGGUUUGCACUUUAAAAAAAAAAAAAAAAAGCAAGAAGAA